AAUGGACUUUGUGCUGCGCUCGCCGGAGCUGUUGCGCGAGGUGUGGGUGUUCCAAGGCGGGCACUACAGCGACAUGCUCCCUUUCCUUCAUCUCGAAUCAAUCCAUCGUCCAAUUUUGCAUUAUGCGAUACGAACUGGAACUGCUGACCUGGACUUGGACCCACUUCAUCACCUUCUCACAGCAUGGUACGCCGCGUACGGCGUCGACCGGUUGCCACGGCUAAUACGUUCAAUGCCUCAUAUGAAAUCCAUUGUGCUUUGUGAUGCAGCUGCGUUCGGCAACGUUCCUGUGCUGGACUUAUUGAACAGGUUGGAUCCGCUGCACACGUACGUCAAGGACGAACACGUCGGUCUGGCGGCGGCGAAUGGACAUAUCGACGUCCUGCGCUACUUGAAUGACUGUCCUUUUGGAUGGACGACCAAGAUCAUGGACUAUGCCGCCACCUACGGAGAGCUGGAUACUGUCAGGUGGCUGCAUGAGCAUCGGACCGAAGGAUGCUCUUUGGAUGCGAUGAACCAUGCAUCGAACAACGGACACCUGCCCGUGGUGGAGUUCCUGCAUCUUCAUCGACCAGAAGGCUGCAACUCCCAUGCCAUGGACUUGGCAGCGUCGAACGGCCAUUUACAAGUGGUGCAAUGGCUGCAUGCUCAUCGCACAGAAGAAUGCACGUUCAAAGCGAUGGAGUGGGCGGCGUCCAACGGCCACUUGGAGGUCGUACAGUGGUUGCAUGCACAUCAACAUGGUGUUCACAACACUCCCAAAGCCAUGAUGCUAGCAGCCAAGUAUGGCCACGAGCACGUGGUGCUCUACUUGUACGACCAUCAUGACGACGAGCCUAUGCGACGUUCCGCCAUCGCAUACUCGGUCAUGAAUGAAGCUGCCAAAGCUCACCACGACGAGAUUGUGCGGGCAAUGUGGCUUCAUACCAACUUUCAAUCAAGCAACCUUCUACGCCGAGCCAAGGCAGCUGGUCACGUUGACUUUAUCAAGUGGCUGCGGCAGGACAGCGUUCGAGAGCAAGCCAAUGCAACAAACAUGACCAUUAUCGAUAUUUCAAACGUCCACGUCGAUCAAGCAACGGCGGCGCCUUAGAUGGGCUUUCGACAACGGAGGGUUAAGUAUGUACUGUACAGUCUGUACAAGUGGAAGCAAACAUGUGCAUACUCUUACUAGGUAUGGCCAACGAAAAUAGCUGGAACAGCAUGAUUCAUG